CUCUACUGGAAGCACAGCAGGAACUUCUUUUGUCGCUCGUUCCUCGCCACCAGAAAUAAUACCCCUACGUACAAAGUCUAUUAGACCUUGUUACCCUGGUACAAUAUCUGUUAGAUCAUGCUUCGGAAGACUUUGUAUAUCGGGGAUUUUAUUUUUGGAAGCGAGGAACGAGCGACAGAAGAGUUCAAUAUUUGUGGGAUAAAAUGGAGGAGGAAAAGGGGGAGASUUCGCCGCUCCUGUCUCGAGACAUACAGAGGAAAACUGAUGCGAAAUUGACGUUUUGGUUGGUUUUCUCGACAGYAGUAUGUGUUGGUGGCUCUUCUUUUCAAUUUGGAUACAAUACAUCGUGUAUAAACUCCCCAGAAAAGGUGAUAAAAGAUUACUAUAAGAAAUAUGGACAUGAGUUUACAGACUUUGACUGGGCAUUCGCUGUAUCUAUAUUUGCUGUGGGGGGUAUGGUUGGGGCUGUACUUGGACCWUUUCUUGCUAAUCAUCUUGGACGGAAAAAGUCGUUAUUAUGGAACAACUUUAUUGCAAUUUUUGGUACCUUGUUGAUGUUCCUGUCAUAUGAAUUCAAGAAUCCUCCACUUUUGAUGUCAGGAAGRUUUUUUAUUGGUAUCAAUUCUGGCAUCAAUACAGGUGUGGUACCAAUGUAUCUAUCAGAGAUAGCACCAAUWCCAUUGAGAGGUGCUUUAGGUGCUAUGCAUCAGUUUGGCAUUGUAGCUGGUAACCUACUUGGGUUUAUACUUGGACUCAGUGAGGUCCUUGGCAAUGAAAAAAACUGGCCGUUGGUGGUUUGUUUUAGCUUUAUACCAGCAAUCAUCCAGUUAGGGACAAUACCAUGGUGUCCAGGAAGUCCAAGAUACUUACUUCUAAGACUGAAUGAAGAGGAAGCAGCAGUGAAAGCUCUUCAAGCACUGCGAGGCACAACAGAUGUUUCUGACGACAUUGCAGAAAUGAGAGAGGAACAAGCAGCGACUUUAGAWCAAGAAAUCUCAAUCAAAUGGCUGUUCACAAGGAACUAUCUUCGUACUCCAUUAUUGAUAGCAGUGGUGUUGCAAUGCUCUCAACAGCUUAGUGGAAUCAAUGCAGUAUUUUAUUAUUCCACCUCCAUACUUGRAACCGCUAAUAUUCCUGGCAGUCAGUAUGCUACAUUAGGAAUAGGUGUGAUCAGUAUAAUAAUGACGACACUUGCUGUCAAGCUGGUUGAGAAGUUUGGCAGAAGACCUUUGAUGCUGUGGGGCCUGGGGGGAAUGAUUGGGUUUUAUUCUCUUAUGACCAUUUCAUUCAGAUAUCAGAACGUUGAAACUAUGGGAUACUUUGCGAUUGUGGCAACACUUCUAGUUGUGUCAUUCUUCCAAAUGGGGCCUGGUCCAAUACCAUGGUUUAUCACUGCUGAGAUGUUUACCCAAGGUCCAAGACCAAAAGCAUGUGCAGUUGCAGCCACAGUAAACUGGUUUACAAACUUUCUUGUAGGAGUUAGUUUCCCAUCCAUGCAGAGUGCACUUUAUCCAUACACGUUUAUUGUUUUUAUUKUKCUGAAUCUUGGMUCUUGGAUUUUUGUGUACUUUCUUGUGCCUGAGACCAAGGGACUAUCAGUGGAAGAAAUAUCCAGCCAAUUUAAACAUGGAAGAGAUGUCUACACUUAUASUUCUGUUGGGGACGAUGAUUAAAUAUGAAAACUACUUAAUAUUAACUUCAUUGGAUUCUUUUAGGGGAUAAUUUUAAGUUUUUGAUUUUUGUAUAAAAUGAAGGGUAUUUAUUGAAAUACUUUCAAAUUGUUUGUGUGUCAAUAAAAGUAUGACAUUGAUU